UUUUUAAAACAGGAAGUUAGAUCAGUGUUAUAUUUACAUCAAAAUGGCUGAGAGAAAAAUAUCCUCAAGACAUUUCAUUUGUUAGCGCAGAUGCAGAAACAAGUGGAACAAGUACUGUCUCUACGUUUGUCCCGUGUUCUGGAGGACAUCGGGGUGAACAGAUACAUGCUCACCAAAAGGAGGAGGACGUGGCUGAUUAAGGAGACAGGGAUGACAAUCAGUGAAACAUUACAAGGCCGAAACAAGAAAUACUAUCAUUAUGGCAGCCAGAGUGAGGGUACAACGACACCUGGCAUGCAGUCAGACAUUGAUACAUUGUCCUGCAUUGCUGAUAUUCCUGUCAUAUUGGACUGGGACGAAUGGCAGCAAGGAAACUCUCACCUUCUUGCUAUAUAUACAGAUCAGCUCCCACCCCAGCAUUGUUGGCUUCAGAGGCUGAGACAUGACCUUCCACUACCAGAGACGCAGGUCAAGCUACCCGGUGAUGUAAAAGACAACGAGGGCAGAGUGAUGCAUACAAACACUCUGAUGGAAUGUUAUGACGACAUUAGCCAUCGAGGUGAAUUAGUGCAGCAUGGUUCAUCCAUAAGCUUGAAUACAAAUGCUUAUGUUAUCGCCUAUCAUUGUGUCAGUCUACCAACGGAGUGUCAGUUCCUCUUCCACAGACCGCGGCCUGGCCACUGGCCCAAACCUGACACACUGGCCAGGGCCAGACAAGCUGGAGUGUUCCUGGUGCCACAGGGAUAUUCGGAGUCUCCUUCAAGGUCAAUCAGGUGUCGCUCUUCUGCACUCCAUGUCACCCCACAUGACCCCUGUUAUCCACAAUCGAAAUGGGAAUGGAGGUUUUCUACAUCAAUGAUGGAAAGAUUACUGAUGUUUGACAUGAACACUGUGCAGUGCAAGGCAUAUGUAUUCAUGAAAAUAUUGAGAAAAACUUUCUUAAAGCCAGUGGUUGGAGACCGUCUCAGUACGUUUCACAUGAAGACCGCAAUGCUGUUCACAAUAGAGACAUAUCCACCAGAUGUAUGGAGGGAGGAAAACCUUGUACAGUGUGUGAUUUACUGUAUGACAACACUUCGCAGGUGGCUGAAGGUCAAAUACUGCCCACACUAUACAAUAGCUAGGGUGAAUCUUUUUGCCGGGAAACUAUUCGAAUAUGAAUUCCCAACUUUGUCUGCAAUGCUUUCUCCCUUAAUGGAAUCCAACAUGCCUUACAUUUCCAAGAUAGAUAUUGAUUUUCUGGGAGUCAAGGUGAUCCAUAUCAGCAGAGGCCUUGUAGAUGAAUAUAACGAAAGAAUGAAAAACAAUCAAGUUAUCACAUCUUAUCUGGAUGAAGAAUGCAGCAAAUCAUUAAUAGCAACAUAUCAACAAGCCUUAUGUCUGUUCUCUUUUUACUCCGCGGAGGAGCUCAGUUCACACAUUACAGAGCAGUUACAAAUAUUACAACAUAUAUUGGAACACGGGACAUACUUGGAACAAGAAGUAGCUACCAUGGCAAAACCUCUUUGGUUAGGUACACUCGCCUCCUUCUUGGCCUCACGAUUUAUUCAUCUGCGACAACCAAUCAAAUGGGACAUUCUCAAUUUGUACCAGUCCUCUUUGGACUCUGACUUGCUAUCAAGCAGACUAAAAUUUGCCUCCAUGCUGUACUGCAAUAGUCAGUAUGAUGCGGCAGCAAACUACCUGAUUUACUGUGAGGGAUUACUGGAGCCGGAAGUGUGGCAAUUAUGCAGUUGUGCUGGAAGAGUUUCUACCGAACCCAGCAGUAGGUUCCUUGACAAAGCUGAACAUUCCUCUAAUAAAGACAUAAUGCAGAAGUUCACUGCCAUAUGUGUACAUUUCAUGCCUCAAGAAAUGUGCUGUGUACCAGAAUCUCUGGUGUAUGAAAUGUUUAGAACUGUACAAGAUGAAGACAGAGAACAGAGACGCCAAUCAAAUCACUAUAAGUGGAUGGACCUAGCCGUGAUUGACUGUAUCCCUUUCCUCUACUAUCUGCAGUACCUCACAUACAGACAACUGAAAAUGCAUUCUAGGAAACAUGCAGCCCAAGAAAAGCUUCGCCACUAUAUACAUACGGACAGUCAAGGCCAUGGUCACAUAGACACAGCCUUAAACAUGCUGGGUAACUGCUAUGAACUUGAAAACAGACUGGAUGUUGCCUGGAUAUGCUACUCAACAUCUCUAGAAUUCUACACCAGAAACAAUGCUGCCAAUUGGCAUGUGGCCAGAAUACUGCACCAGCGGUUGCAUAGAUGAACGUUGAUAAUUUCCAGUAAUAUUUAUGGAUUUAUUCCGUAAAACAAAUAGACAAGCCAUAAUCGAGAUUUAACGCCUGUGAAACCGAGCGGCUAAUAUCUGAUACAUUUUUUAAAUAAAGGUCACGCUUGUCCAACAAGAGUGUAGCAAUGAAAUAAACAACGACCUCAUAAAGUGAUUCAUGCAAAAUGAACUUCAUUUUUACUCCAUAGAAAAGAUAGAGCAAUGGCAGUAAAUAAGUAGACGGUGAUGGAUAAACGUCACAACAAUUCAUAUGAGCAUGUUCUGUUCUGUACUCAUUGAUCUGCCAUCUGUCAUAUGAACCAAAACAGAGCAGUGGUAAAAUCUCAUGCUGAUCAGCUUGUAUGGAUAAAAAUCUUUGGAGGUAACGAUAAUCAAUCAAAUACGUUACUUGUUGCUAAUGCAUAUAUACGAGUAUGGGUGAUACCCUGACCCAUGUGCUCUUGUGAUGUGGACGUUCCUUUGCAUCACCAUGACAUGUCAGUCAAUAAACCAUGAGACAUAAGAACAACUGUCUGAGCCCAAGUUCCAACGAGAUAAAGAACUCUCUUGAAUCAGUAUUUGAUACUAUUUUAGAGUUACUAAGAUAUGAAAUUGUACUAAAUAUUGUUCAGAUGUAUCAAAGUCAAAUAUUUCACUGUUUUAUUAACACCACAGUGAGUAUUCAAAUGCAUGAACUGUAUUCCAAUAAAAAUAUUUUUGUCUGAGUUUCUUGUAAUAGACCCAUACACAUGUAAUACUUGAAUAUCAACCUUUAUUGAACAUUAAAAAAACUCGUAUAUAUAUAUGUAAUGUAAUUGACAAUGGAUAAGUGCUAUGGCUUAUUGAACCUAGACACUGAAAUUGCUUUAUUCUUGUACAAAAUCGCAUUCAAUGGCAUUGCAAAUCAGUAUGAUGAGUGCCAAAUAUAUACAAAAAUGUAAUGUUUAUUGUUAUUUAAAUGUCAACCUGUCAACGACGCCUAGCUAUAUUGGCACCGCCUCCAAAUAUUAUAAUUGAGUUCACUUCUCUGCUGAUAGCAUCAUAGCAAUCAUGUAAUUUU